AUGCCCGCCUCGCCCGCCCCGCCCGCCCCGCCACACAUACAGCGCCUUCUCCCCCGCCUCCUCAAAGAAGGCCUCGCCCCCGGGAACGCACACGGCCAGUCCCGCCCCGGCGAGCUGCUCCACGUGCUGCUCGAACACUGCAUCCUCAAGCCCCUCUCCUCGGGCUCCCCCGUGGAUCCACAGCAAUCCUCAUACACCCUCGCCAUCAUCGACAGACAGACCGCCUCAAAUCCCUCCUAUCUCCUCGACAUCUUCCCCGAUGCCCCCUUCUACCAGUGGCUGCUUCCACGACUCAUAUACAUUGCCUCCAUAUCCCGGCUUCCUCUUUUGGCAGAUGAAGCUUCAGCAGCUGUCGUCAGCGUCAUACGAGGCAUAGCGAGAGAUUCGUCCGAAGCGUCCGACCAAUCCAUCCUAGGGGGGCCAGCAAGGGCAGCACAGAUAUUGGAUAGUAUGAUCUUGUUUUGCCAAGAUAUCCUCGACUAUAGAGACGCAAAACUGUUUCAUUGCCAGUGCCUCCCCAGCAACUGUGCCAGCCUCUUAUGCUCUCUUUCCAUCGUUGUCCAGCUCGACCUCACCUUCUCCACCGCCUUUCAAUCUACUGCCUGCAAUAUGCUAUCGCAAGCAAUCCCUCUGAUACAGACGGAUGAGCUGCAGACGCAAUUCACCAGAGCUGUCACCAGCGCCAUAUCGUCUGGUCGCUUUGAGGGUAUAACCAAGGCCUGCGCUUCUCUUGCGAGCGUGACCUUCUCAAAUGACCUCGAAGGCCAAACAGCUCUGAAGGAUUUCUACAAGAAUAUAUCGCUAGCGCACCCAGAGAUUCGUGUCGAGUUAUGGUGGUGCUUGUACCAGCGAGUCCAUACAUUGGAUAUGACGGACGACUGCGUUGGCUAUCCAGCCAUCAAUCAUCUUUUGACCUCGAUCCCCCCUAGGCUGCCACACUCAUCCAUCCAAGAAGCUCUUGAUUCCGAGGGCAUUAUCAAGAUAUGGCUUGCCAAAGCUCGUGAAAUAGCUGAUAGCACUGGUGAUUCCUCCAAAGAGCAUAGGAUUCAGGCCUUCAGGCGACACGAAACGCACGAAACCGACCUGCCUUCGCUGCCAUCAAAGAAGAGAAAGCGUGAUAACGGCGAGGCGACUGUGCGACAGGAUCUCGAAAAGCUGUAUCCGGAUACAGCAGGCGCGGAGGACCUUGUGGAUAUAUUGCUGCGCCAAGAGGAAUCAUUGGCGCCUCUGGCUCCUAUGAUGCCUCGCAUUGUCUGUGGGCUCGCCGGGGAACAUCGGCAUACUCCUUCAGUCUCGCCUAGGCAGCUGAAACCAAACAUUUUGGAUUUAUGGCUCAAAGUGGCCGUGACUGAUUUGUCAAUGAUGAACGCGCUGGCAGCAAUCUUCAUGCAUACACCAGCUAAAGUCGUCGCGACCAGCAUGCAUAUUGCAGAGCGCGCCGCUAUCAUGGAUGUCAUCAGCAGCGGCUUGCUUGAUUCAGACAGGGGUAUGAGAGUCGCUACUAGUCGAGCGCUAGUUUCCCUAUUUAUUGCUCAAGAUUCACACCCGGAUCCACACGUUGCCAAAAGAAAUCAACAUGGGUAUAUAGAUGCCCUAGUCCCUGUCCUAAAGCCCUUGGCUACCGGAGAAGUGGCUACAUUGGCUCUCGGAGAGAUAGGUCGCUAUGCCGAAGGCGACGCGCUCUGCUCCGUACUACGCCUUCUCUUGGAACAACUUGGGUCGUCCCACGAACACCUAAGGAGUGUCGCCUAUGCUGCUCUGGUGAACCUUGCCAAGGCACGGAAAAAGACGCCCUAUGCUCUUCUGAACCCCUUCCUAGACCGCAUUAGUGUUGUCCUUGCGGAGAGCAUUCAGCGCUCUCCAGAAAUGGUCGCCGAAACCACAUCCUUCCUCAAGUCCAGCCGACAGAUACUCUUCUCUGCGUCGCUCCAGCACGUUGUGCCAGCGCUGGUCUUGUCCCGAAAUCUAGACGCUCUAUCAACGGUGUCCGGGAUCGUCAAACAAAACAUAGGUGUAGCCAUCAUGGACAACAUCGCUCAUGUACUGGCGCAUAUUUUUGUGCACCCUUCCAAGAUCAAUACCACUCUCAACUUUCUCGUCAAAACUAUGCGCUCGAUCACGGAUUCUUCCAUUUCCGUCCAGUCUAUGAUGCGGUCGUGCACCGUUGAUUUCUGUGUGAUACUAGUCAUACAGCUGGGCGAUGAGGAUCCCAAUGUUAGAGAUGCGGCACAGAAGGGUCUCAAGAAAGCCAGAGAGUAUAGUGAAGAGAAGAAAACCUCAAAUCAGGACGUGGGCGCUUUCCUUAAACCUCACAUGGCGGGCAUCAUAUCGCAACUGAACGAUAUGCUGCAUGGGGCUUUGGGGAAGAAAACAGCCUCAGAAAAAUGCAAAAUGAUUCGGAGUCUGGGCGAGUUGAUCAAGAUGGCAGGGGAUUCCAUGACGUCUUUUUCUCCUCAGAUAAUGGCAAGCCUACAAAGCACACUAGGUGUCAAAGAGCUCAGACUAGAGACUCUCAAUACCUGGUUGACCUUUGUGGACACUUUGAGAUUUCGAAACGUCGGCCCCUUUGUCGGUCGAACGACAGGCGCACUUGUCACCAAUUGGCCAAGUUUCGACUCGGAGGCCAAACAAGUGGCAAAAAGGAUAUUGGACCUUAUUGCGUCAAACGCCAAAGAGCUCAAAGAGUUUACAGAUGAGGUCGUGGGCAUGGACCACAUUCCCGAGCUGAGACACGCGGCAGCAACACUGGCCGGGCCCGGAAAGAAAGCCCCUGUGUCAGUGCGGAUAUCCAAAGUCCUGGACAGAGCCGCGAGCAACAAUGUGGCUAUCUCAACAGCAUCGAUGAACGAGCUCAAACGCCUGUUGCUUCAACAUCAAAAUGAUGUGCUCAAGCUCGCGCAAGGAGACACAUUCGACGCCAUCGCCGCCAAGAUAAUGUCUGUUCUCUUCACGGUAGCUACUCGGGAUGGGGAUUACGACGAGUUGAGGGACUUGAGCUAUGAGUGUAUGGGCAUUCUGGGCGCCUUGGAUACCGAUCGACUGGGAUAUCAGUCGGAAAGUGGUACUGUCCUACUCAUGUCCAACUUUAACGACUCGCAAGAGUCAAUCAAUUUUGCGCUACAUCUUGUGCGCGACUUGCUUGUCGAUGCCUUCCGUGCCACAAAUGAUACCGCCCAUCAAACAUAUCUAGCAUUUGCUAUACAAGAGCUACUGCGUUUCUGUGGGUUUACCAUCAAAGUUGUUGCGCAGGACAGCCGGGGGGUCGACCCCCAAAUCCUAGCGCGAUGGGGAGGUUUCCCGAAAGAUCAGUUCGAGACACUUACACCUCUUCUCGAGACUCGAUUUUCUCUGCGAGACUCCACUGCCCGCACCUUUGUCUAUCCGAUAUACGCAUCCACAAAUACGUAUCGGGAAUGGCUCCAGGGAUGGACAACAGACCUGAUAAACAAGGUCAUGUCUAUGCCCGGACAGGGCAGAGCAGAGGCCGAUAGCAAGUCGAUCUUUGGAGUGUUCAAAGGCAUCAUUCUAAAGCACCAAGACGUUACUGUGGCUCACCACAUGCUUCCCCAUCUGGUGUUGAACGUCCUGCUUUCCAACAACCAAUUGUACAACGAUGAGAUUUCUCUCGAGAUCAACACAGUCCUGCAAGAUCAGGUGCAGCCAUCGGGGCCCACUGGGCGACGAUCACUUGCAGCUCAGGUCAUCUUUGACUUGAUGGACCAUCUGAGCAAAUGGCUGCGUCUAAACCGAGUCAAGCCAGACAAAUCGGAGCGCUCAGUCAAGGGAAAACCUGUGGAGCAAGUCCUGAAUAGUAUCGAGACUGAACUCAUGGCACACGCGGCUAUGAACAGCAAAGCGUAUGCGAGGUCACUGAGAAGCUUUGAAGAACGGGUUGUGCAGCUCACACGCGAGGGGCGUGCCCGCGAUGACCUGCAGCAAUAUUACGAAAACCUGCAUCAUAUCUACGCCGAGUUGGACGAGCCUGACGGUAUGGAGGGCGUCUCCACCUUUGUCAUAUCGCCAACAUUGGAGCAUCAGAUCAGAGAGCAUGAAAGUACAGGUAGAUGGACUGCGGCACAGAGCUGUUGGGAGGUGAGAUUGCAACAGUCACCCGAUGAUGUGACUCUCCAUCAUGGGUUGCUCAAAUGUCUUCGAAACCUCGGUCAUUAUGAUACCCUGCGUACCCAUAUCCGAGGCGUACUCAGCCGCCACCCGGAGUGGCGUGCUCCGCUGGUUCAACUCGAGGCAGAAGCAGCGUGGAUCAUUGGGGAUUGGGACACUGUACGGCUGGUAGGCAAAGACUGCCCCCCCAUUGGAAAGGCCUUGCUCGCCCUUCACGAGAACCAAGAUCUUGGGACUGUUCUGAGGCAGGUGAGAAGUGAGGUCGGCAUCGGUAUCACAGGCAAAGGGUACAACUCGGCACAAGAUGCCUUACUCCAACUGCACAUGAUACACGAGAUAUCAAUGAUCAACGAGACUAAAACGCGCAUUGAGACUACCCCUCGCAACGCCAACAGACAGGCAAUUAUCCAGGCAGGGGUGCGAAGUCUCAACAAGGCUCUUGAAGACCGAUUCCACACCACUUCGCCGGCGUUCCGAACACGUGAAGCAAUCCUCAGUGUCCGAAGAACAGCCUACGGAUUGAUGAAUACGCCUUCUCUCAAUCCAGAGAUCGGCGACGCAUGGAUCCUCAGCUCCAAAAUUGCUCGUAAAGCUGGCUACGAGCAGACAGCUUACAGCGCAACCCUUCAGGCUGUAUCAGCUUCAGCGCCUUUCGUAUUUGUGCAGCAAGCGAAACUUCGCCGUGCUCAAGGCAGCGUUCUGAAGGCAUUGACUGAUUUGGAAAAUGCCUUAGCGAGUGAAAAGAGGAAGCUGUCAGGGAAGGGAACCAAUGACGACGAUAUGAAUCAACAGAUCAAGAUGGCAAAGGCUGUACUCUUGAUGGCACGAUGGGCCAACGAAACGGACAGAUUUGAACUGAACGAGAUCAUCACGAGGUACAAGGAGGCAAUCAACUUUUGCGACAACCUAGAGUCGCCCUACUAUCAUUUUGGUCAUUUCUACGACUCUUUACCAGGAGAAACACAGGAGAACACUGUCUUCAAAUACCACACAGUCCUCAUGUAUUCAAAGGCAUUGCGCUACGGCGUCAAAUAUAUAUUUCAAACCAUGCCUAGGAUGCUUACCAUCUGGCUUGACCUGGGUGAGACGACUGACACGAGAAAAGACAAAUACGUCAAAAGUAUACAUGAUACUAUCCGCAAGGCCGCGAGGGAAUUACCUCCUUAUCAAUUCUUCAUGGCUUUCCCUCAAAUCGUUUCUCGGAUCAUGCACCCCGACCCCAACGUGUUCAAAGAGCUUCGCGAAAUCAUGGUCCGAGUUCUUUGCCAAUAUCCUCAACAAGCCUUGUGGCCAAUGGUGGGGGUCAUGCAGUCCAAUCAGAUUGAGAGAAAGAAUAUGUGCCGGAAAGUGCUGGACAAGGCAAUCACCAUCGCCAAAGCCGUCCAGGACGCAGAUGCUUUCUGCAGCACCUUGCUGCGAUUGGCUGAUCAUCCGCCAGAUGACAAGAAAUACAAAUCUCUCAAGAAUGAUUUCCCUUAUGUCCUCAGGGUGCUCCCUUCCACAAUGAUAUUACCCCUACAGGAUGCUCUCACAUGCCCGCUGCCCACUUCCUCCGAUACAGUUCAAACCCACACGCCCUUUCCUUCCGAACCCAUCGAGAUCAAGAACAUUGCGGAUCGAGUAGAGAUGAUGUCUUCUCUGGUGAAGCCCAAGAAGCUCAUGUUCAUUGGAAGCGACGGCAAGGAGUAUCCAUUCUUGUGUAAGCCACACGACGAUCUCCGCAAGGAUGCUCGUUUGAUGGAUCUCAACUCGAUGAUCAAUAAACUGUUAAAGAGAGCUUCGGAGUCUCGAAAGCGUCAGCUUUAUGUUCGGACUUAUGCUGUCAUGCCACUCAACGAGGAGUGCGGUCUCCUGGAAUGGGUAGCAAACACGGCUCCUUUUAAAAGUAUUCUAGAGAAAUGCUACGCCCGAUACGGGAAACGAGUCUGGGUAAGUGAUGUUGAUCUCAUGCUAACAAAGCUGAUUCAUCAUCUGCGCUCCAGUACGGUGAUCAUCAAACGGCCAUGGGCAAUGCACGCAAGCAAAAUCUGGACGCGUUACCAACCGACACGGUUCAACGAGUGGUUUUUGACAACAUGGCCCGAACCUUCCGCAUGGAUGGCCAGCCGUUCAGCCUAUAGUCGCACGCUUGCUGUUAUGUCAAUGAUAGGCUAUGUUCUUGGCCUCGGAGAUAGGCAUGGUGAAAAUAUCCUUUUUGAUGGCCUCACUGGCGAUACCGUCCAUGUUGAUCUGAAUUGUCUGUUUGAAAAGGGGGCUACGUUUGAAAUCCCGGAGCGGGUUCCCUUCCGGCUGACUCAGAAUCUUGUGGGCGCGUUGGGUGUUACGGGGGUUGAAGGCGUGUACCGCAAGGCCGCUGAAAUAACCUUGGACAUCCUUCGCUCCAAUAGCGAUUCCCUGAUGAGUGUCUUGGAGGCGUUUGUGCAUGAUCCGCUGGUCGAAUGGGCACGUUCCGGCCGUGGUAAGAAAAGUGCCGAGAAGGAUGUCCGUGAUAUCCGUCACUCUGCCGACAGGAACCUCCGACCUAUCAAAAGGAAGCUUCGGGGCAUCAUGAAGGAAAAGGACGACAAGAACACGGUGCUCUCCGUCCCCAGCCAGGUCGACUAUCUGAUCAAAGAGGCAACGUCUCCAAACAAUCUCGGUCUGAUGUAUCUCGGUUGGGCUCCUUGGUUGUAA